ACACGCACCCGCCGCCACCGUCGCUAGCGUGGCGGUGGUGCACACGCACGAACACACCAGCACCUCCCCCGACCCCCGAACACCGUCCAGUGUACCUGCGCUCGCUCACCUGUAGCGGGACGAGACAGUGGUGAGGCAGACGCCAGACCGUUCACACUACCCCUCCGUCUCGUACUCACAGUGCACCGCGGCAGCCGCUCUCUGCAACGGCGCCUGGAGCCUGACUUACCCACUGGUAGUAAUCGCUCUCCAGAACUGCAAGCUGGAGGAGCUCUGACCCAAAUGUGCAGUGGAUUAUAUUAGUAAUCAAGAAUAUUGAUGCGUUUUUCAUGAAGAAUUUGAAUGUGGUGCCAAUGGAGUGAAUUCUAAAGGUGGAUUCUAAGAAUGUGGUGAAGAAAACAGUAGUGUCUUCAGCUCUGCCUGACAACCUGGGAUUUUAAGAGUGUGACCUAACUUGCGACACUUCACCUGUAUGUCGUCUGCUUGUUAAGUAGUGGUCAUCGUACAGUGACCUAAAUUUGACCCUGGCUGACCUGUCAAGUAGAAAAGUGUGGGGUCACGAAGGCUGGAUGCGAGCCAUGACGGAUCUUGACACCCCCGGCGCUGUCGUCUGGCCAAAGUGGUGUUAUUCCAGUAAGUCGGCUUGGUAUCAUUCCCGUAACCAGGCGGAGAGUGAGACAGCGCAGGACCUGGCGCUCAACAACAACAACACGCCCCUCACCAAAGACAAAGAACACGCUGCGGUCGCUGCCGCUAACGCCGCGGCUGCCGCAGCGUACGGCGCCAAAGGCCGCAAGAAAGUGCGGCGGGAGGUGCCCAACGGUGCCCGCACUGAGGACAAAAUGCCCUCAGAUUCCUCAAACGACGUCAAGUCUGAGAGGUUAUCACCAGACCCCGGGAGCGACGCCCCAGCUGCUACCCACGCCACGCCCAGUCCUUCAGUCUCCCCUAAGUCCCCUGCGUCUCACCGCACCCGCACGCCCUCCUUCCCCGGCACGCCACCCAACCCCGCCUUCACGCCGCCCGCUGCUAUACCCUCCGCCUACGACCGUUUUAGCCCCGCGUCUCUGGGCGGGGUGGGCGGGCUUCCGGGUGGCCCUGGAGCCAUCAAACAGAUGGAAUCCCUUAUGAACAGAAACUGCUCUGAUCUUAUGAGAUCUCUCGCAGCCAAGUAUAACAACAGUAACCCCAACGAACUGGUCUCCAUCUCUCUCCUCCCCUGCUCCGUUGGCCCGCCUUGGCAGAAAUCCUCGCCGAGAUAUCUAAGUUACUUCAGCAGUCCAAACAACGGGUUCCUACGUCACCCCCUGGGGGGCCUGCCAGGCCUCAAGCACGGGUCGGCGCCCUUUCUCGGUGUCCCUACUCCACCCACCACAUCUUCAGUCAAGGAUAAUGAUAAAAAAAUUGACACAGUACCAGUUUCCACAGCUGCGGGGAUCUCUCAAUUGCCGCACCCAGGAGCGCCUCCUAUGUUCCCAGGGGCCGCUGGAAUACCUGGCUUCCCUGGGUUUCCUUUGGUGGACAUGUCCUCUUCUCAAGUCCUUCUCAAUAUGGUGCGUAACGCCUCUGUGACGCAACAAUCACAGCUGGAGAAUUACCUUCGGGGAGCCAUGAAGCGACCAGCUGACGCCCCAACGUCUCCCCUCGAUCUCUCCGCAACCAUGACCACAAAGAGACCCCGCACAGAACCUUCCAAGUCCUUCGACGUUAAGACCUUAUUUGGUCUUCAACACGAAGAGGAGAAGAAGUUAGAAACCAAGUCGCACACUACUCGAUCUCCCACGCCCCCUAAGCCUCGGCCCACUCCAUCACCUGGGACACACAAGCCUCCCACACCUUGCUCAGACAAGAACUGCCCAACACUUGAGACUAUUGGCCACUGGACAGUCGAUGAUGUCUGCUCAUUCGUGGGAAGCAUAGAACUUUGCGCCGAAUAUGUCGAGGCGUUCCGUGAGCAACGUAUCGAUGGGUCAGCGCUGCCGCUGCUGACGGAGGAGCACCUCACCUCCAGCAUCAAUAUGAAGCUGGGUCCUGCCCUCAAACUCCGCUCUGUCUUAGCCCGCCGCCUAGGUGCCUGUAACGUGUGCCUGCACUGUGACCACUGCCACGCGCAGACACAAGACCGGCGACCUAGCUCUGCUUCGUCAGGGCAAUAAGACCGGACCUCGAGUUUGCUAGGAUAGGUUCACAGUCACAGUGAAUCUUUCGCGCACACUCACAUGUCCUCCGUGUACCAAAAGUGAAUGUAAUGUAAAUUCCGGUGGUGUUUUUAUCAGUUUGGGGAGGAAAGAACUCUCACUAUCCUGCACGACUGGAAGUGACAAUGCUAUAAUAACCUCAGGGACUUCAAAACCCAUGCCCAAAGGAUCCUCCCCAGGGUACUCCUACGAAGUGCUGCGAGUCUCAACUGACUGUGAGUGUUCUGGGCGUUCAGACAGAAACUCUCUGGAUCACUCCCUCUCCAAUGACUGCAUCUGCAGCACAGUGCGCCUCGGUACUGUUUUCCGGACGGGAGGUACUUUAUAUUGAAAGUUCAUUUCGAGGAAUAUUAUAUACGUGUGGCUGCCUACAAAACAGGACAAACAGGACAGUAACGAGGUAGCCACGACCUCGUAUUUAAAUUUCAAGUGAAAUAACUUUUCAUCCAGCAUUAAGAGACAGUGUCCUAGAGGCCAGAUCGUAGUUAUGUGCAGUCCAUACAAGGACCUCCGCAGGUGCUCUUAUUACCCGUACAUGUUUACUGACAGACGGACAAACUGUAGUUGCUGUUGCUUAGUCGACCAGUGAGACGAGUCGUAGGUGUCCCGCAGUGUAACAAGAGGCAUGCGCUUAAUGGGACCAGGUUCUGAAACGUUGCUCAAAUGUACCGUGAUAAGUUCAACUAAUAUACAUGAGGAGAAACUUGUUGGCAAGUGUUCACUGAAAUCUGGUUGGCUGGAAUUAGAAUGAGGCUCAUAUUUAUGAAUUACUGUUGUUGUAAUUUAUAAAUACUUCUAUAUACUUUUCUUUUCAAGUAACGUUUCAGAAUUUGGCGCUGCUUAGUGCUUCCUGGCCCUUAAUUUUUUUUGGGGGGCCAUCAAAAGACAAAACCCGCUCAAGAUUUUCAAGUCAUAGUUUUUGGAAACUGUUCUUUUUUGUUUUGUUUAAUCUCAGACUGACCCUUUAUGUUUUUGUUGUACAACCGUUGACACAAAAUGUACAUUAAAAGGAAUACCUCAACAGGUUAGUUGUUUUUGUUGUUAACAUGCAAUGCAACUCAUAUUUUUUUAGACUGCAAAACGCUAAAGCUAACAAUAAAUGACAAGUGCUGUAGAGUAUAGCUUCGAGCCUUUGGUAGCUUUGCAAGGGAGAAGCAGAUGGUUGAACUUAGGUGUUGCUCUUAAUUACAUGUCAACCUCUCCUCCCCCUUACAAAUCAGACCCGUCUUAACCCAAAGAUUAUACGUAAGUUGAACUUUUAGUCAUUUUGAGGGUAGGGGCAUAGAGAUGAUCAAGUAUUUAUUUGUGUAUGAUUUUGUGCAGCCUAAAAAUAUGUAAUUAAAGGGUUGUCUGUACAUAGAUUUAUUGUUACAAUUUGUUAAUAAAAUUCUUCUUUUAAACCCAUUAGAAAAUUGAUAGUUGAGUCACGCGUUUCUCGCUGAGUUUGCCAGCAUUUUUUUUUUCAUGUCCUUUUGAUAAGGGUAGUCAUUCGACUUCGAGCUGUCACUAACCAGGCCAUUCACAGGACGACAGUUGAGUUGCUUUUCUAAAUCACCCAUUGGCAUCAAUAUGCCGUUAUUUGUUACCAAAAAAAAAAUUGGUUCAUAGUCGCCCACAAGUGACCUGAAUCUGAGGCUCCUUCUGGAAAUUGAAUAUAAAGUCAGCUUUGGCUCUCGUCCGGUGUUGUGUCUUGCUUCAUGAAUCCUCCAUCACUUUUCAUUACCCAUCGUUCUCAUUCACUACAUUCUAAGGUCGCUGUCAUCUUCAUUGUGUGUAUAGGCUUCUUUGACACAUCUCUGUAAAUAAGGAGAAAGCCGCGAUUUUAAAUUGUGUAAUAAAUGGCGUUUUAUAUUCUAUUUUAAUACAAGAGAACCCGGUGUUUUGUCGUGGUACAGUGGAGAAACCUUGUGGCUCUUUAGACAGGCGGUUCUAAAUGCUAAAAGGCAAGAUAUACAAAUUAAAUUUUUGUACUAGAGCCCAGGCUGGCCACGGGUUCCACGCCCACCGACCCGACGAGGCUAUGAGGGGUCGCAGGCAGGGUCGGGUAUAAGCAAUAAAUAUAUUUAAUAAAUAUAAAGUUUUCGAUAUCUCGAAAACUACAAAGGUAAAAAAUCUAUUUUGUUUUCUAUAAUAUUAAUACCUACUGGGAUGGCUUGUACUACACCACAUACCGUAAUGUAAAUAAUAUAACACCAAAAUAAAGACUGGAAAGAUGUA